AUGGAUAUUAUAUAUCAGAUAAUUUAUUAAAAAGUAGCUAAAAAUUAAUUUUUAUUUAAAUUUUAAAGAGUAUUUAUGAGCAAAUAUAUAUAUAAGUCUAGAACUUACUCAAAGGUAUCUGAAGAUUAGAAAAAAAAACUAUUAAAAUUGGUUUGUUUUUUUGGAUUUAAAAUAAAGGAUGUAUUUAAUAUAGUAAUUUACAAAUAGGCAGCCUAAUAAUUGAAUAUUAAAUAUGCAGCAGCCAAAUCAUAUAUGAUUUUCCAUAGAAAUAAUGUAAUGAUGUCUAAACAUUCAAUUAAUUCAUAGUAAGUAUGUUAGAUUGCACCACUUUCAUUAAAAAAGUGCAAACUGACUAUUAUAUCGAAAAUAGGUGGAGAUGUAGUUUAAUAACUUAAAUUUGAAUACCCUACCAUCAAAUAAGAAUGA